AUGAAUCUUCUCCGGAUUAUUUUCGCCUUGCUUUGUUUAUGUGGUGCAGUGUCGGCUUCUUCGUCUUUUGCAGAGUACUCUAAACGGAAUCCAAUGAGGUUUCAGAGCAAACGGCAGCUAGUGGAUUCUGCAUUUUGGAAGAAUGUCAUUGGAAAUCCAAAGUUUGUUGUGCCAAAUGCGACGAGCAUCCAUAUUGCUGAUACCGGGACAGUCUUGAUGUUUGCGAAAAACUACCGAGAGAAGCGGAAAUGGGCCUUUUGGCGCCAUCCCAAAAUCCACAUGAUCGAGCUUCAUCUAAACGAAACGAACUACAAAACGUACGAUGUUCUCUAUUACCCUUUAGUUACAUUCGCUGCUGAAUUGAGCACCAGCGGAGCCGUUAUGGAAAGAGAAGUAAGCACUGGCCACGGCGUCAAGUAUACGUUGGACAGGUAUCUCGACCAAGAUAUUGUGGCGAUGCAAAACGACUACGGCUAUGUUAGUGCACGUGGCCGAAGCUCUUUCACUGCCGAAAGUGUGGUUUGCCGAGUCAAUGCCGGCGGAAAAGGCCAGUUGCAAGUGAGCAAGAGGCUCAAGCACUUCCCGGAGGCCAAGUUCCGCAAAAUCAUAUUUUCCGACUACCCCGUGUUUGAGGAGGGUCUAUGGGAACGUAUAAGUACGUUCAUGGCGGGCGAGACCCACGAGGGUGUUGUGGUGUAUGAAGAUUGGUUCCAUAAUAAGCAUCGGUGCGUGACUGAUGCAAAGCUCUUGGAGGAUCCAAAGUUGCGGCGGUGGAUCGAACGUUAA